AUGGCAGCGAAGAAGAAAGAAGCAAGUCUGCAGUGGUGUGGACCCUGUCGAGCUGUAGUUAGCCUACUAAGAAAAAUAAAGAACGAGCUGGGUGAUGAUCUUCUACAUUUUGCCACAGCAGAGGCAGACAGCAUUGAUGCACUGGAGAGGUAUCGAGGGAAAUGUGAGCCCACCUUCCUCUUCUAUGGGGGUGGAGAGCUUGUGGCGGUGCUGCGAGGGGCAAAUGCUCCUCUCCUUCAGAGGAUGAUAGUAGAGGAAUUGAGCAAGGAGAAGUUGGUCCUGGAGCAAGGUGGUGAACGCAGAGCGGUUAAAGAUAAUGGUCUGGUGGAUGAUGAGAAGGCUGAAGAAGAGGAGGAGACACUUAAACAGUCAGAAAAUGAUGAAAGCAUAAUCGUUCCUGCCAGUAAAUCCUACACAGUUGCAAUCAUCAAACCAGAUGCUGUAGCUCAUGGCAAGGCAAAUGAGAUCAUUAUGAAGAUUCAGGACGCUGGAUUUGAGAUCCUGGCCCAUGAAGAGCGCACACUGACCGAGGUUGAAGCUCGAGACUUUUACCAGCACAAAGCAGCAGAGGUUUACUUCCAGGACUUGGUGCAGUUUAUGUCCAGUGGCCCGUCCAAUAUCCUGGUACUUUCUCAGGUUGAGGACUCAGCCAAUGUUGUAACAGCAUGGCGUGAGUUCAUUGGCCCUGCAGAUAACGAGGAAGCCAGGAGAGAGAAGCCAGAAAGCUUGCGGGCACAAUACGGCACACAGGCACUGUUCAACGCAGUGCACGGUAGUGAGGACAUUGACCAGGCCGGCAGGGAGCUCGCCUUCCUCUUCCCCAACUUUAGGACAGCGUCAGUGACGGGGCAGGAUGGGGAGGAAGAGCGUGUGGAGAGGACACUGGCUCUUAUCCGGCCUGACGUUGCCAGAGAGAACAGAGAAAAGAUCCUGGCCAAAAUCCACGAGUCAGGCUUCACUGUGGUUUUGAAAAGAGAGUUGAAGUUAACAGAGGAGCAGGUCAGACAGUUUUACUUCCAACAUGUCAAGGAGGAACACUUCCCUGCACUGCUCAAAAGCAUGACCAGUGGGCCCGUCCUAGCUUUGGCUCUUGCCAGAACGGGGGCCAUUGAAGACUGGAGGAACAUCCUCGGCCCUUCUGACAUCAAUCAAGCCAGAGAGGAGAGACCUGAAUGUCUGAGGGCCAUGUUCGCUUUGGAGAGCGAGCCUAUCAACCCCCUCCAUGGCAGUGCAAACCUUGAAGACGCAGAAAGAGAGAUCAACUUCUUCUUCCCUAAACAGCAAACACUGGCAAUGAUCAAACCUGAUGCCAUGGAGGAACACAAAGAGAAGAUUCUGGAGGAGAUCUAUGGCAUGGGUUUCUCUGUUACGCAGCUGAAGGAGACGGUGCUGUCAAGGGAGACAGCUGAGGAGUUUUACAAAGAGCACAGAGAGAAGCCCUUCUUCAGUCAAUUGGUUGAAUACAUGUGUAGCGGACCUUGCUUGAUGCUGGUUCUGGCUAAGGAAAAUGCAGUGGAAGAUUUUAGGGUCAUGAUGGGUCCUACAGACCCUGACCAAGCUAAGGCUACGUCCCCAAACUCUCUGAGGGCCCGCUUUGCCUCUGACAUCCUUCACAACUCAGUCCAUGGAUCCUCCAGUGAGACGCAAGCAGAAGAGGAGAUACGACUUGUCUUUGGUGACAUCAGCUCAGACACAGAGCUCACCAGUGGUGGAGAGACUGACACCACCCUUUUAGGUGACACACAUAGUUCAAAUCCUGGCAGCCCACAGACCGGAGGAGGUGACGAUCCAGAGCUCUCAAACUAAAUCAAGUCCCACAUUUAGUCAUUUCUCUU